UCAUAAUGUAUAUUGACUUGAUUUCGGUGGGGAUAUACGAAUUAUGGACCACUAGUUCCAACUUUUUUUUUUUUUUGCAAUUCUUUUAUCCAAUAAAUGGGUGCAUAAAUGAAUGUGUUGGUAGUCGUAUAUAAAUAGCAUUCAUAUGUUGUGCAGUUCCAAAAUGAUAUAUCAAUCACUGGCAGAAAUGGGAAAGUAUAAGUUGUUUAUGGUGAUAUCGUUGAUGGAUAUAAUAGUGAAUGGAUGGAGAUUUGAUGGAGGAGGAGGAUAUGGAUUGGUUGAUGGUCUAAGAAUGGAUUAUUACUAUUUGAUGAAUUGCCCAUUUGCAGAAGGAAUAGUGAAGAACACCGUGAAUAGGCAUUUGCAAGCUGAUCCUACUCUUGCUGCUGCCCUGGUUAGGAUGCACUUCCACGAUUGCUUCGUUGAGGGGUGUGAUGCAUCAGUGUUGAUUGAUUCAACAAAGGGCAACACAGCAGAAAAGGAUUCGCCAGCAAAUUUGAGCUUGAGAGGUUAUGAAAUUAUUGAUGACGUGAAGGAAGAGCUCGAAAAGCAAUGCCCAGGUGUCGUCUCUUGUGCAGAUAUUCUUGCUAUGGCUGCAAGGGAUGCUGUCUUUUUUGCUGGAGGUCCGGUGUAUGACAUACCCAAAGGAAGAAAGGAUGGAACAAGAUCAAAAAUAGAAGACACAAUUAAUCUGCCUCCCCCCACUCUCAAUAGUUCAGAGCUUAUCAAAUUGUUUGGUCGACAUGGCUUCACUGCUCAAGAAAUGGUGGCUCUCUCUGGUGCACAUACACUAGGAGUCGCGAGAUGCUCUUCAUUCAAGAACAGAUUAAGUAACUUUGACUCAACACAUGAUGUGGAUCCAUCUUUGGAUGCCCAAUUUGCCAAGAUUCUAACAAAAAGAUGCAGUGAAAAGUCUGAGCAGCCGUUUGACAGAACAAAGGAUACUUUUGACAAUGACUACUAUAAUGCUUUGCAAAGGAAGUCUGGUGUACUCUUCUCUGAUCAAACCCUUUACAAUAACCCUAGAACUAGAGGCAUUGUGGAUGCUUAUGCCUUUAACCAAGCCAUGUUCUUCCUUGAUUUCCAACAAGCUAUGAUUAAAAUGGGUUUACUUGAUGUCAAAGAAGGUUCCAAAGGGGAAGUGCGCUCCAACUGCCGCAUCAUCAAUUGAUAUAUGUGUGUGUGUAUCAGUUUUGAUUUUCGUAUAGAUGUAAGUUUGGUGGCUAUCGAUUAUAAUAUAUUAAUAGCCCAAGGAAUAUAUGGUGCUUGGUUAGGUUUGUUUGUCCAUACAGUAUAUUUAUAUUCUGUUGUAAACUAAGCUGGCAUAUUAUCUGUUUAAUAAUAGUAAAAAGACUAUUCCUUAA